AUGAUUGAUCAAAAACAGGAGGCGACACGGGCGGAAAGCCUUCGACUGCAAGUCGGCGUGUGGACAAUUUGCCUCUUCCUCCUUACCCUCAUGCCCGUUCGUUCGCUGCACAAGCCCGGUCCAAACCUAUCGCCUUGUGGUCAGAUACCGUCCGACGCAUGUGCGCGCACCCAGAAAUGUAUCCUUAACCUGGACUGCCGUGCAGCACACUUGACGAAGGAUACCAUCGAACGAUGCUUCUUCGUUCAUUCUUCAUAUCCUGCACGACGCGAUGGCCCGGGUGCAGUCUGUGUUCCCUUUUCAUUCAUGCCUAAUUCUGCGAAACGUACAAAAGCAUGCACAUGUUCCGCACCCAGGUUCUGCAGCCGUACCUCUCUGGCAUCGCUUCCCGGCACCUGUACCAGCUGCUGGCAGUGCUGCUUGUUUCCCAAGGUGUACGGCACCACAGCAUGUGACAGUCGCUGCCGCUGCGCUGCUUCUCAGCCCUGCUCCAUGUCCGGCGACUGCGGCCCUGGCGAGUUCUGCGCCGUACUUCUCUCCCGCAGCGAGCUGCCCGUCUGCCAGCCCUGCCACCUGUGCCGCAACAACUCCCAGGCCUUGCAGGGCUCGUGCGCAGAUUCCUGCUCCUCGGGGGCGCUCGACGACAACGGAGUGCCGCAGGGGGCGGAAGCACACUUCAUGUUCGCGGCAUUUGACAUCGCAAACCACGCGGUAGCGCGCAUGGGGAUGACGACAGUGGCGUCCACAGAGUCAGACGCGCUAACCAUCUUCGUGUCGGAGGAUUCACUUCGGGUCUGGCUGGAUAAACAGCCACAGGAGACCAACAGCCCACGGAAAGGCUGUGGAAUCCCUUGCCACAAGGCGGAUCAAACGCCAGGCUUAUCUCAUUACGGGUGCCCUGCGGGUCAGCGCUGCUCUCCGCGUUCGUGGGUGUCCUUGCCCGGCGACGUGAUCACGCUGGGCGGCACGUCGUUGCUGAAGGUAUCUAAUGCCUUAUGGUGGGAUUGGGAUUGGAAAGGAUGUCCGCUAACGCAUGUGAUGAAUCGCGUACAUGCUGCUGCACGUUCAUGCAUAUACACCACGUUAUACAUGCAUAAGCAGGCGGCUCGUUGUGUGCCAUGUGAGCCGGGUACAUACUGUCCAGAGGGUACCUUUGUGGAGGAGCAGGAUGACUUCAACUUCAUGGCGAGUUUGGUCUGCCCAAAGGGCUACUAUUGCCCCACACCAGCUGAGAAGUAUGAAUGCCCCGCUGGCUACUUCUGCCCAGAACGCUCAACUGCCAACAUUACGUGCGACUACAUGUUGAUGCUUGGACCGCAGGUCGGAAAUGUGUUCGUCCCAGCGUACAAGAGUUUUGCCAUGGACACAGCAACGCAAGCUACCAGCGAUCGCCGACCGCUGAAGGGGAACUACUGCCCCAACCGUUCUACAGCACCAAGCCAAAGCUGCAGCCCCGGCUACUACUGCCCCGACCCGUCCCUGGAGAUCCUUUGCCCUCCUGGCCACUACUGCCGCGCGGAGAGCAUCCAGCCCACGAGCUGUCCGCCCCUUACACUGUGUGCUGCUGGCUCUAAUGCACCGCGCAUCUGGCCGGCGGCAGUGGCUGUGUUUUGUGGCCUGGCAUUCUCUGUAUAUGUGGCUGGAGUCAUGACGACGAAGCUGAACGCUUUGAAGGCCCCUAGGUCGCAUGCCGACUACAAUGCCGACCAGGACAAGCGAGCCGCUGCUGCGCGAACCCUGCGGAGGUUUAUUGCACGAUUCCACAACGGCCAAGUGACGACGAGGAGGAGGCAGGUAGCGUGGCGCGUGGAGCCUCAUAGGCUGGAAAUGAAGGAGCUUGGGUGGGUGGGACCUGGCCGGCCGGGAAAGCCAGCUGUGCUGCAGUGUGUUACGGGCUGCUUCGAGCCGGGAAAUAUGUCCGCCAUCUUGGGUCCCUCCGGCUGCGGCAAAUCAAGCCUCCUAGCGCUGCUGGCGGGGAGAGGCUGGCCUCUGAGCAGCGGGGAAGUCCUGGUCAACGGCAAACUGGUCACCAAACCGAAGGAAUUAAGGCAUGUCACCGGCCUCGUACCGCAAGACGACAUCCUAAGCGCGGAUCUGACCGUGCAGGAGAUAUUUGACUUCAGUGCUGCGCUGCGGCUGCCCAAACCAUCAUCCUUUGCUGCGAGCCAUAGUGGCAAACACUUGGAUGGCAGCACUGUUGGCGCAGCCGGAAACGAAAACGUUGCAGGCGCGCUCUCCUGCUUCAUAAGCAAUGCGGAAAGCAUCAAGCCACAAUGCAGCGCCGGCGGUGCUUCUGGCGGGGAGGUCGCUGCAAAGGUGAUGGGAGGCAACGGCAACGGCAGCAAGUACUCUCGCGGGUUUUUGGCUAAACGGGAGCGGAAAAAGCUCGUGGAGGAGGUACUGCUUAUGUUAGAUCUCUCGGUGCUCCGGAACCAGCGCGUUGGCAGCGUUGCCGACAAGAGCUUGAGUGGAGGUCAGCGCAAGCGUGUCAAUAUCGGUGUGGAGCUUGUGGCUCGGCCCCCGGUGUUGCUGUUGGACGAACCAACCAGCGGACUGCCGCACCAGGACGCGGCCUGCAGCUCCGACGUGCUCAUGUCCCUGUCUGACUUGGUGGAGGAGCGCGGCUUCAACGUUAUCAUGGUGGUACACCAGCCGCGGCGGACUGUGUACGAAUUGUUCAAUACGAUAAUGGUGCUGGAUCGUCAAGGGCGCAGCGUGUAUAAUGGAAAGCCUGAUGAGGCUAGGAGCUACUUUUUACGCCUGGGAUACACGUCCAUCCCCGAAAAUGAAAACGUGGCAGACACUAUCCUGGAUAUUAUCAUGGGUAAGUACUACAGCCCAGAAGUCUCUUCGGGUAAACUUCCCAUCAAGGAACCGCCAGUGUCUCCGGUCGUUGAUAAGCCUGCUGCUGACUACGCAUCGAACGUUAGCUCACCAACGGAAAAAGGCGCGCCAGCGGGCUCACGCACUACCAGUAAUCGGACGGUCGCCAGCCGCGCCAACAGCCAGGGGACGCCAGACCUAUCGGAAGGCCUCGUAAGCAUCGUCACGCACGAGUUUGACAGGAUACUGGGCGAAGGAGCGGCAAAAAGGGGUGACAGUUUGAACCGGGAAGGCUUGCUGAAGCUUUUUAAGAGACUUGGGCAAAAAGGCCGGGAGGUGGAGGCUUUUGUGCAGGGCCUCCUUGAGGAGGCGGACGGUAUGCGUGCACGGGGUUCCUCUGCGAUGGAUUAUGCGCCAAAGCCUCAGGCGCCGCAAACGCCGCAGAACCAGACGCCGCUUGGUGCCUCCAGCAGCAGCAAAGCUUUGAUCUGUCUUGCAUCAGCAGGACCGCCGGGAGUAAGCCGCCAAGAAUUGUUGGCUGCGCUGCAAAAGGUUCUAAAUGAUGAACUGAAGGUGGGAGGUCUGCGUUCUCCCCCACCUAGCCGUGGCAAGCACCCAUCCUUCGGCAGGAAGGACACCGCCCGCCGGGAUGGUCUCAUGUCACAAAGCCUGCAGGGCCUUUUUUGCAAAAAGCCAGCCCCCGCCAACGUCGCGCAAGUGAUGCCGGCAGAAGCCACAUGCGAAAGCGGCGCAGCAGCUGUCCAUCAGACGAACUUUAGCAGCAAUGGAGCUACCGCCGGGGUCCCUCCCACUUGCCCGCAGCAGCUUAACCUUUCGCUGCAGCUUGCUACCAUCCAGCGGGCCCCUGAAGGCAAUGGGCUCCAUUCGGCACGUUCGCAAGAGCCGGGAUCUCCCGAACCCCAAGCCGCGGAGUUUACUACGAACGCCAGGCAACCCAUCAGGUCACCGCCGCAGCUGGAGCUGCCGGAGGACUGUGAGCAGCCUUCAGCAGAGGUGUCGCGGCCGUCUCCUUUCUGCCUAGCACAACACCAAAGGACCGUCCUGGAGGACGGAGAUGGCAAGGCUGCCUUCGAUAAUCCUCCGGCAAGCAUUGAUCACAGUGGGCUGCAAUUGAGGAAGGCGGGUAGCAGUGCAGUUGUACUUAGCGGCCCCAUCGAUAUCGUACAGCAGGUUGCAGUCAGGGGGCUACCCAGCCGGUUGUCGCAGGUGGCCACAUUCUCCCGGAGGGCCAUGCUACAGUCCUCUCGAGCUUACUGGCCAUCCAGCAUGUUUGAGGUAGCGCUUCUGCUGACAGCAGCCGCAGCCGUCGGGGCAAAUCAGGGCCGCUACUGGGGCGCGACCGAUGUGCCCGGCAACCUGGUGAUGUCCCUGCUGUGCCUUGCUGUACUUGCAGUUGUACAGCAUCUUCGUACAUUUUCCAGCAAUCGUCUUGUCGUCCACCGGGAGCGCAGCGCAGGGCUCUCCAUUACGGCCUACUUUACUGCGCGCUGCCUGGUAGAUGUGCCCUGGAUUGUCGUCGCACCCAUUUAUUUCUCAUUACCGUACUACGUGUUAACCGUACCCCGAGCCUCGUAUUUGUGCUACUACGCGCUGAGUGUUGCUGUAUGGUGGUGGGCGUCGGGCCUGUCGUAUUUGGUGACCGCUACACCAUUCUUACCGAAGACAGCUGCACCCACCGCCGCCGUGCUGCUGACCCUCAUAGCGGGUGCGCUGCUCAACGGCGUGAGCGCGCCAACUCUGGCUCAGUCCCGAGGAAACACAGUCACGGAAAUUGUGCUGGGCUUUUCGUUCAGCCGUUGGGCUGUCGAAGCGCUAUCCAUUCUGGAACUUGAUAAGUACCUGGAUUCCCACGGCAACGUGAUUUUGGCCAUGUAUGCUCAGAAGGGCUUUUGCCGCGUGGAUAUGGCUCUAAAGGAUGAGAAUGGCAGUAGCACUUUGGAUACCGCGUUAAUGGCACUCAUUAAUAAGCAAAGCCCUAGCUCCUUCGUGCGUCACUACUGCCACGACGACUGGCGCAGCGCUCUAAGCAUUCUGUUCUGCCUGGGCCUGGGCCUGCGGAUCGUGGCCUGCACGGUCCUGGCAUAUGACAAGAAGAUCUUAGAAUGGUGGGGCAAUAUGUGGCUCUGCCUUUCGCGCAGCGGAGUUUCCUGCAGCAAGGAAGCAGCCGAUUCCAGUGCUCAUGGCGAUGAUGAUGACGAGGCGGAGGAGGAUGGCGAGGGCGGGGAGAAGGAAGCACGACAGCUGGAAUGGCCUGGCGUGCCGUCGACGGUGGCGGCGGUGAACAGCAGCAAUUUUCCAGGGGCUCUUGCCGCACAGGCUCCCAGGGGCGCCGCGAGAAUUUGGUGUCCCAACAUGGAUCUGACCGCACUCUCUUUCGAGACAAGUAUCGAGCCGCCGAUCAAGCACUGCUGA